AUGAAUAAUAGUGCUCGUAAUGAACGAAAACGUCCCAUAUCACAAAGGACCUCAUUACCACCAGCUAAACGUUUCUCUACAAUAACCAGUUCAUCUUGCUCAUUGUCGCGUCAGCAAACACGAUCGAAUGAUCGAAAAAUUGCGACGCCAAAAAGUACACCGACUUCAAAAGAAAAUAGUCGAAAGCAAACACCAUUAUCACCCAGUUAUCUUCGUCGAUCAGAACGAUGUGAAUCUUCGUCAUCCUCUUCUGUUCAUUCGACAGAGAAAACAAAAUAUUCGUCGUCAUUGCCGUCAUCAUCUCACGAUCGUUAUCCAAAAUCGAACUCGAAAUUGGACAAUAGAUUGAGUCGAAAUUCUCGUCGAAGAGCAUCCAGAUCCUCUUCUUCAUCGAGAUCCUCGUCAUUAGAAAGACGAGAUCGAACAGUACGAAAUGCAACAGCACAGAAAACAACAAUCGAAAUAAAAAAUGGAGAUGAUGAUUUUUCUUCAUUACCGAUGUCAAAAGAUACGUGUGCGACUCGAUCAUCAACAUUAAGGCCGUUAAAUGAUUUACAAAAACAACCGUCGUCCAUGAACGAAAUCAAGGCUAUACCGGCAACGAAAACAGACAUACCAAUAGCAGUGUCAAGUGAAAACAAUAGUAAAAAGAUCAUUGCUAUUGAUAAACCAUAUAAGAAACCAACGACUCAAUUACCAAGUCAAACACACCAGCCUGUCGAAGCGAAAAAUCCGUUUAAUGUUGCAGUUUUAUCGCCAUCAGCUCAAACAAUCACACAAAAAAAAGAAGAAAAAUCAUCUCGUUUAGGAACAUUAUCCAAACCUUCAACAAUAAAAACACAGGAGAGAAAGAUCGUACUGACACAAACAUCUGUAAAAGAACAAAAUGGCACUAAAAUAACUCUGUCUGAAUUAAAAUGUAACAAAUCUUCAGAUGAUAAAGACAAAACGAUCACAAUGACUAGUGCUGUUAAAGAGAAAAAAAAUGAGAAUAGCAAAAUCUAUCAUGGUCUAGUUGAUUACCCAGAUGAAAGUGAGGAUGAAACUGAUAAACAUAAGCAUCAAAGACAGUGCGAGAAACAAGGAGAUAAACCGAUCUCAACCGACUGUAACAACAAUAAUGAUUUAUUAAAAAAACGUUCAACCGACAAUGUUAUCAUACAACCACCUAAUACAAAUAUUGACGAUAAAAAAUUACCAAAAAAAGUCAAUCUCAAAGUAUUAAAACUGGUUUCUCAAACAGCUUCAGUUACUACACCAACAGUAAUAACAGCAAAUAAUAUCAAAAUGUUGUCAAGUGAUAAUUUGUUUUCAUCAGCACUACGUGUGCCAACAAAAAUUAAAUUAACAAAAACAAUUGAGCAACAAGAAGACAAGAAACCUAAUAACAGCAACAAUGCAGUUAUAUUUGAACGGAAAAAAUCGAUAUCCUAUGCAUCACCCGAUUUAUUGAGUGAUACAAGUUUAAAUACAACGUAUGAAUGUGAAAAAGAAGAAUGUUUAUCGAUAAAAAAGGAUGAAAAUCAUUUUAAACCAGAUGCCUUAGACGAAUCCUUGUCGAUUGUAAGUGAUACAGUAUCAUUAACAUCUGUCAGUAUUCCACAAACUAAACUAAAAAUUACUCAACAAGAAGAAAAUAAUGAACAAAUACCACUUUCUCCACCUUCCAGUAUUAAAUCACCAUUAAUUAAGAACGAAUACAAUACUCAGACAUACGCUUACGAAAAAUCCGAUGAAGCUCAAGAUUUAAAUAUAUCAAAUGUUGAGCAAGAAGCAGAGAAAAUAUCCUCAAUUGCUGUCACUUCACCUCAAGUCGUAGAUGAUAAACCACAAGAUAAUUUUCACAUUCCACCAACAAUAGAACUAUCACCAAAUUCAUUGUCGUCAUCUCCUGAUUUAUCUUCAAACUCAUUUAGUGAUGAUGAAAAGAAAGCAAUGAAUUCGUACAAGCGUCGUUAUCGUUCAUUAUCAUCAUCUUUAGCUGCCUGUUUCGAUUGUCGUCCAUCUUUAUCAUCCACAACUCCGGUAAAAUCGAAAUCUUUAACACGAAUAAAACCACUGCCAUCAUCAACAAUGCUCAGUGCUAAGCAAGAUGAGAUAGUGUGCGAGAAUAACCAACAAGAACCACAGUUAGAACGAAAACUCACAAUAGAAAAACAGUUAAAUAAAACGAAGGUGUCAAAUGGUAGAAUAAUAAAAAUAACAAAACGACAAUAUAAAAAGAGACAGUCAGCUGUAUCACGGAUACAGCAACAAACACAACCGAUUGAAGAUGAUGAAGAAAGAUCCGCGAUUAUUAAAGCUGUAAUGGAUCAAUUAAUACGCUCUACGGAAAUGGAAAUGGUGAAUUUUUUGCUAAUGGCAAAACGUUCUACAGCGACUGAUCGAAAUCAACUAGUAACAUCCUAUUGUGAAUACUCAAGUAAACCGUUAUCAUUAAAUGUAGAACAACCACCAAUUUUUAACACUACAUUAUUAUCGACAUUGUCAACUUCUAAUAAACAGUUAUCUCUGGAAGAAAACAAAUCACUUGAAUUUUCAUCAACCACUGUAAAAAACACAAUCAAUUGUAAUGAGAAUGUUGAAAUGACGAAAGUUGCACAAUGUAACCAUGAGUGUCCAAUAAAUUGUUAUCAGCAUCAUGCUGUUGCAUCAUCGCCACUUGUACAAGAAGAUAUUGCAGUUUCGAGUGGUCGUCAACCGGUUGUUUUAACAGAAAUACAAUUGGAUGAAUUAGCUUAUUUACUUCAUGCUAAUGUUCAUCGAAGUGAUAUAGAGAAGAUUAGUGAUACAAACAAAGUUGAAGAACGAAUGAGAGAUUUAUGGCGAUCAAUGAGUACCACAAAAAAGAAAGCCUAUUAUACAAGAGUUUUAAAUUUGCAUAAGAGACCAAAUCGAGGUGUUGUUGUUGUACCAGCUGAUGAAAUUGGAAAUUCAACAACGCCUAUUCUUCAACCUCCAACAACAUCUGUUUCUCCAUCGACCAUCACACCGCCAUUGUCAUCAACACCAACUUCAACAAUAAAUCCCUUUGUUUCAACUCAUCGUUCACCAUCACCAUUGUUGUUUCAGUCGAUUUCAACUCCAGUUAACGUUGAAUUCGAUAUGUUAAUGCAAAAAAAUGAUACAUCACCAUCACAAAAACAACAUCCACAGGAACAAAUAAUCGAAAUCGCUCCAUCGAUUGCCUAUGUCGAUCCUCAACAAUCAAAGUCGUUCAUUUUCAAGGAUAUAAUAGAUGAAUUAAUAAAAGGCAGUAAAGGUUUAGAUAAAUUAUGUCAACCAUCAUCCGUUUUAAAUUCUAUACAACACUUUAUUCAAUCAUCUCAGGAAAAACAAAUCGAUACUUUAAAAAAAUUAGAAAAAGAUGCAGAAAAGAAAUGUGCAAUUCAAUUCACUAGAGCUACGCUGUUUUGGAGACAACGUGUAACAUAUUUUUUAACAAAACAUUCAUCAACAGCUGUUAUAGAAUACACGAAUGAAAUUGAACGUAUAGUCAAAUAUUACUAUUUACUUGUUUUAUGUAAGUAUUUGUUUUGGAAAUGUUCACUUGAUAAUAAGUUUUUAUUUUUAUUUUUUCUCAAAGCAUUAAAUUUUCGACGCCAAGAAAAAGAAUUUGAAAAUACAUUAACGACAUUUAUGAAUGAAAAACUAACGUUCAAAGAUACAUUACGUUCAUCAACAAUCACUGAUAUAUUGAAUGAGUUAGCUAAUAAUCCAUUGUUAUCCAAUGAUUUUUUGAGUUCACAAUCAAUUGUAAUUAAUAACAUUGAAUAUGCAUUACCGUCCAUACAUAAUACUGAAUUAGAAUGCGAAAUAAUCGAACAAAUGAAAAAUGAUGACGUUGUAGAAACAACAAUAUCCUUUCUUGACGUUGAUGAAGUGGCUAAUUUUCUAUCUUGCUGUGAUCGAAUGUUUUCCAUGACACAUUCGAAUAUGAAUGCAUGUGCUGCUCCCUACUGUUCACAUUAUCCACCACAGCAACCAAUGUUUAACCAAUAUCAGCAACCAAUUCUUCCCCAACAAUACACUAAUAAUGUUUGUUAUUUUGCAUCACCGCCUUUAUCAACAAUGAAUCCCGCAAUGAAUUAUUUUGAAUCGCCUUAUAUCUUAGCACACGAAUCCACCCAUCCGUCUUAUUAUAAUCCAUCCUUAUAUCCUGCUACUCAAUAUUCAGUAAUUCAACAAUCUCAACAACAACAACAACAGCAACAACAACAAUAUUAUCAAUCGUUCCAGCAACAUGCAUUUGACUGCUAUUAUCCGUCUACCACUGUUGGAUGUCAGACACAGCACCAUAAUCCAUUUCACCACGCUCAACAACAACAAUAUCAUCAGCAAUUAGAAGCAGAUGUUUCAUUUCGUCGUGCUGCUUCGUUAAACAGAAAAUAUACUUAUUCAAAUAAUGCUCAACAACAACAACAACUAACAGCCACCACUGUAGCAUCAUCUACUACAACUCAAGCAAUGUCACCGACGUAA